UGCGGCGAGACCCGAAGUCUGAAACAUGCGAGGGAGUGAGAAGCGCAGAACGGCGUCUGGUGAUACUCGGUGAUUAUACUGAAGUGGUUGUGUUAUACGGGGAAUAACAAGCACCUCGCCGUACCAGCUAGGAUAUACUGACCAGGGUCCGCUGCUAACCGCUCCAGAACAUUUAAAGACGUGUGGAAAAAGGGGAGAGCACGCACCUGGAACCAGGGAAUAUGGGGCACUCACCUGGAACCAGGGAAUAUCUGGAACAGCGGUGUGGAGAUAAUGUGUUUGGAGUGAAGGGAAUGGGCAUAUCUGUUUGCCACUAUUGAAAGCAGAGAGUGGCAGAAAUACCUACCCGUCGCUACUACUACUACCACCCGGAGGAACAGAGAGACAGUGACAUUAACUCCCGGUUCUCUGAGUUGAUCUGUAUAAAGCAGGGGGCGCAGCCAGAUUGCUGUGUGUGCCUGUCUGGGAAGAGGAAGCUCCGAUUUCAGAACUAUCUCCUCUUAUGUAUAUUUCAAAACGCCUUUAGCCAAAUUGCUGUAGUGGUUGACAGUCACCUGUUGGCAAUCCCCCCGUGUCGCAUCCCCUGUCAAUGGUUCAAGAGACUUAACCGAAACUCAAAUGGUGGGGGCCGAGGGUGCAUUCAUUAAAUCAGAAACAGAAAUAAAAAAGAACGCCUGAAUUCAUUUAAAUACCAGUGGGCAAAAAGAAGAAGGAAUUCUAUUAAACACCUCUUAAGUCAACCCCCCCCCCCCCCCCCCGUAUUCUGUCACACCGCAUUCCUGAGAACCACGCGUUACACAGCUGCCGAGAAGGAAAUCAAAGCAAGCGCUGUAUGACGUGAACACCUGAGAGCUACCGAGCCGACCGCGCACAGCUGCGUUUUAUUGUAACUGGCUAGAACCUGAAAGGACGCACUAGGUUAUUGUAGCGGAGUGUAAAAUGAUUGCCGAUUGCUUUCUGAUCAUCUACAAAGGGAAUUAACAUCGUUUGUAUAUACAUAUGACCAGAUUGUUGUCUUCUGAGAAAUCGUUUCUAAGGUUUGCACACACCGUAUUUAUAAUCUCCCACCAGGUAGAGGUUUAAUGAGAGAUCUGUCCGGGCUCGUUUCCUGAUAAAGUGAUGUGGCACACUCACAGCAAAAACAAAAAAAGUAAAGUGAUUAAUUAAAGUAUAAUUAUAUCUUAGACAAGCACCUCUGAGAAGGCGCUAGGUUCGGGUCCCAUCCCUGUGUGUCAGCCAGCCCGAGGGGAUGUCUGUCGGGCGCCAGGCGGAUUCACUUGGAUCAGCGCUAAUACGUUAAAUGGGCGAUUUUUGUAAGUGUAUGUAGAAAAUCUAAUAUACAAAAUAACAAUCACUUUCAAACGGACAAUUUCCUCGACUUUGUAGUUCCAAUGGGGUGAUCAUCUCCCCACGGAUCCCGCAGCAAUGGGUGCGAACUGCAGUCAAGUUGCAGCAGAAACUCUGUCUGACUUUGUUGUGAAUUCUUUUUAAACCGCCACAUCCUCACGGGAUAGCUUAAAUAUGUAUAUUGAAACUUGGAAAUGUUCUUAACCCUUUCGUCGCCAAAGAAUAUGUCGCUUUCAAAAAUCAGGUUAUAUAAAGAGCCAUCACCUGCAGCCAUUCCACAACCAAGCUCAGGUUCGCACUAAAAACUGUGCUGAAGGACAUUAUGUUGGUGGAUUUUGUUAAGAGGAGGCUGUCUCAAUGCGUGGCUGUGACCUUCCUCACUCUGCUGCUCUCUCCAGUCUGUCUGUCUUCCCCCCAUACCCCUUGGGGCUCCCUGUGGGGUGAAGCCCCGCCCCUGAGUCGCGCCCGCCGGCAGCUGCGAUUCGGUAACGAGUGGAGCUCCUGGAUUGGCUGGUCCGCCUGUUCACGCACCUGCGGAGGAGGGGCCUCCGUUCGAAGUCGCACCUGCAUCACCAGGAACCUGCAGGGGGGGCCGUGCACCGGAGAGCCCAGGCAGUAUAAGAUCUGCAACAUCCAGGACUGUCCAACAGGGGCGCUCGGGUUCCGGGAGCUGCAGUGUGCCGCCUAUAAUGAUAAACCCUUGAUGGGCAGCGGGAGAUACAAGUGGACAACCUUCCAAGGAGGUUCAACCCCCUGUGAUCUCAGCUGCUUGGCACUGGGGCACAAUUUCUACUAUAACUUCGGACGAGUGCUGGACGGGACGCCCUGCCAGACUGAACUGGGUGGGGUCUGCAUUAACGGACGCUGUUUGCGGCCCGGCUGUGACCUGAUCCUGGGCUCGGAGCAGCAGCAGGAUGCCUGCAUGGUGUGUGGGGGGCGCAACACCACCUGCCUGCUCCAUCGCAGUGUAUACCAGAGCCCCAGCCAGGCUGUCGGUACCUUUGGAUAUAAUGAAGUCACAAUGAUUCCCGCUGGAGCCACGCACAUCCGGGUGACUGACAACAGCAAGAACUACCUGGCACUACAGAACGGGCGCUCCCAGUAUGUCAUCAAUGGUAACUGGGAGAUCGACUGGCCGGGGGAGUACAGCGUCGCUGGGACCAAGCUGGUGUACAAGCGCUCAGCAGACAACCGAGAGAGCUUUGAGGCUUCAGGACCCACCCAAGAGGACCUGCACAUCAUGGUGCUGUCCACUGACAGGAACUCUGGGAUCGAGUAUGAGUACUGGCUGCCACGCGACCGUUACGCGCUCUACCAUGGGGGGAGGAGCCAGCUGCACCAGCCACAUCAAUCGGCAACCUUCUCGCCAUGGCAACGUCCAACCAGCACCACAACAACACUGGCAACUACUAGCACAACAACAGCCAGGCCUCCCUCAACUACUACCACCACCACUACCCCAGCCUGGGCUCCUGCAGGACACAAUCCGUCUCGGCAUCAAAACAACCAGCCGCAGGCACGCCUGGAGCGAGACGAGAACUGGAGCAACCAGAUCCCUCAGCACCACAGACCCGGUCACUGUGGGAAGUGCAGGAGGGUUAGAGGGAAAGGAAACCGCGUCAGACAGUACUGCCAGAAGGACUUCGUGUUCCGUGGCAAGGUGCUGGGGAAGCAGUACAGGGGUCAGGAGACGCGCUACGACAUGCAGGUGAUCCACACCUACCGCAACCGCUUCCCGCUGGUGCGCCGCGAGUUCAUGUGGGUGCCCAACGUGUGUGACUGCCCCCAGCUGGAGGAGGGCCGCCAGUACGUGAUGAUGGCGCGGCGGCACGUCAACUACGAGCGCACGCUGAACCGCAUCCUGCUGGAGACCGACAGCUACGUGCGGGAUUACCGCCCCCGGGAGGAUGAGCUGCUGCGCUCCCUGGAGCCGGAGUGCCUGAAGCAGAGCUAUCCUCCCACGGCCUGAUCAGAGGAGCUGGAGACACCCCACCCUGGAGAGAACACCGACACACUCUCACACCGCUGCUCACACCGCUCUGCCCGCAGCCCAAGGAAGCUUGUGCGCUUGUUUUGAAAAUGAGAAGAGUAAGGAACGGUGGGGAUGGUUCAGAAGCAGGGAACUGGAGAUCACCAGGGUCCAGCCAAUUCUAUACAGAGAACUCAGAACUAGGGAUCCGAGAGCCAGCAAAUGGAACAAAGAGAGAUCUCAUUUGCAGAUGAACAUCUGAAAUGUAAAAAUCUGCCUAGAUCUUUUUUUUUUUUUUGACCAAAAAGUUGCAAUAUUAGUUCACAUUUGGGGUCAUUUCAUUUAGUCAGUCUCAAUUCUCUUUCCUCAAUUCCCAGAGUUUGGGAAAGUCACUUGAAAAUUAACUGACCAGGAGAGAAAGGACUUAGACAGUCAGUACCAAAGGUGAAUAUUACUUUUGUUCACUAGAAACAGAACCCACCCACAACAUGUAGCCCAUCAGGGACCUUAAUGACAAUGUAAUCUCAUCACAUUGUAAUCUCUGCCAACCCGCUCCUGAAGCAGUAAUUCAGGGUUUGAAUACACCCCUUCAGCGGUGAACUGUUGUCUGGAGUACAAACCUACCCUGGUGGGGUUUGUGAAAGAAUACCCUUGGGAGAGCGUGUGUCUAACCCCUAUAUUCUAUCCCCCCCACCCACACCCAAUUCAGACCUUCUGAACUGGAGUGUGAUCCUGGGUAAUGUUUUAUAAUUUAUAAAGAACUCAGCACGACACCAAAGAUCACUUGUGUAUAACAUUUUGUUUUGCAUUAUAUACAUUUAUAAUCAUGUACCUGUAUUAUUAUGUGUCUUUAUUACUGUCACUUAAUCAACAAAAGUGUAUUAUUAUUAUUAAUA